UAGCAUCUGUAGCUACGCUUCUCCUCGUCCUCGGUGUACCGGAACUGGUCAGUGGAAGUCUCAGUCUUAAUGUCCAGGAUAAUCGGCUUCAGCAGAUGCAAAUACUUCAAACUGUCGUUUGGAAUUCCGUUAUUUAACGCCAUUGUCACUCAAGCCUUUUAAACUAAAAGUUAACUAAACCACAAAUAAAACAUAAAAUUAAAAGUAAAAAAAUUUUAAUCAGAAAUUACUCCAACACACCCUUGGCAAAUUUUUUAGAUCCGCGCCAAAACCCUCACGUAACCAAUUAUAAUUUUUCAAACACGUUCAUACUUUAAAACUAAUCCCUUUUCACAUUUUUCAAUUCUUUACACUUUUAUUCUCCGAUUCAAAUUUUGUCAACUGCUCAUUUCGCAAUUUCGGCUCUCAAAUCUUUGAAUUUUUUUCACUCUGUCUAAAUAUUAAUCAGUAAAAUUCAGGUAAAAAUAAUUUAACUGGUUGAGUAGUGAUAAUUUAAUUGGAAUAAGUGGAUUAUACGUUAGUGUAAGGCCUGGGAUAAAACUGUUUGGCCAAGGUGUCUGGAAAUCCCGUUCCACAUAAAAUUUUUAGUAAAUAUUUAAUAAAAAGUAAAGAUGAAAGUUUUAGCGGAUCCGGAGCAUCAUGCAACUUUGAGGCGUUCCAAGCCCUUGCUGUUCAGAAAAGACAGUUUUGAGCGUUGGGAGGACGUUACACACACGGUACACAACAUUGAAAAGGUACACGACAUUGAUAAACUAGGCGACAUUGAAAAACUACACAUUGAAAAACUACGUGACAUUGAAAAACUACGGUUCAUUGACCGAUACGGCAGAGUUAGCACUUACCGCCACUGUCGGCUAAAAUUACUCAAGCUAAUCCUCAGGAUCAUUUUCAAAUUUAAGUAUAAAGAGGUCAUUUUCGACAAGAGGGUAAUCUGGUCCACCUCAAACCCCAAAGAAUACCCAAAAUGCCUAUUAUUCGACCUCAAGAAGAAUCAAAUGUACCUCAAAUUCAAUCAAGCAAAAAUCAUUAAACUGGAUCUAAUUGAUCCAGUUGCAGACGCCAGUGUGUCUGUAAUGAGACCACUUGAGUCUGGUGAAAAAACACCUGAAAUCCCCAAAAGAGCGCUAGAAAAUGAACCAAACUCAGCCCAAAACACUAAUGAACCCAAAAGACAAGUUACCAACGGCUCUGGAACUACAGCAACAAUUGUAACACUAACUGAAUCUGCAGUAGAAACUUCAGGUGUGGAACUGAGUGGAACUUCGAAAACUAAUGAAGAGAACGUGUUGAGUGAUGAGAUGUUGAGGGAUGAGAUGUCGAGUGAGGAGAUGUCGAGGGAGAAGAUGUUGGGAAAGGAUCACGAAUUAAUUUUGGACCUUUUUCAGGAGAACUGGGACGGGAUUAUAGAGUUUGAGGGUUACACUAUGACUCGUCACGGCUGUAAUCGUCGUUACAAGGCCAUAGAAACUAUGAUUUCCGACUGCGCCAAACGUCUGAGUAAAGUGCUUGACAAUUACUCCAUCAGAGAAUUGCUAGUCUACGCAUUAGAUUUCUACAAGAAAGAGCACUGCAUUGUUAUGAAAACUGAGCCGGGGUACAUUGUGUAUAAGCUCCAAGGGGACGUUUGGGAUGAGAAAAAGUGCCAAAAACCGCCAGUAAUCUUGCUGCUCAGGGCCAAUAAGUAUGGUUUCGACUCACUAAAGGAUGACCAGUACGAUGUUGAGUUAACAAUUGUAGGAGGGAUACAAUUUGUGUUUAGAGUAAAGGAAGGUGUAAAAUGUGUCAAGGUACUGUUAAAAGAGGAGACAGUCUGGGUAAAUCCGGUGAAUAGUACAGAGUCGCUCAGGACUCUGGUGUAUAAUUUGGAUGACGGGACUAUUUUAGUCGAGACUGACAGGAUAUUCAAGUGCACAAAAACUGAUGGGAAUUGGGUUUCAACCACUCAGACUCCGUUUUAUCUAAGACACUAUGCCGACGACGGGUUUGGAGACUUUGUGCCAGUUUACAUUGAGAACGUGAGGAAAUCCAAGUUUAACCCCUUUGGAUACACUGUGGAUUACACAGGAGUGCCGAAUAUUGAACUCGUGAAAUAUUAUGAGGGGAACAUUUGGAAGCAUCAACUGGGCAAACCCUUUCCCAAGAGCAUGACAUUUCAAAAGGACAACUCUUUAAAAGCAUUUGCCCUUAAAUUUCACCGGAAAUUCAUCGUCUACGAAAUAGGCCAGACAUUCUACAAACGUUACCAGAUUGACAGUUCCACUGGGAAUAGUUCCACUGACAAUGAUUUGACUGGGAAUUGUUCAGAUGUGAAUGAUUUAGAUGGGAAUAAUUCUACUGGGAAUGAUUUAGAUGUGAAUGGUUUAGAUGAUGAUGUGUAUGACCAUUACAUUCCGGAUAUUACGUUGUUUACUGGUGAUGAGAAUGUUGUAGAGCUUGGGUCUGAUAACUAUAGUUUAGACUUUUCAAAGCGUGACGAUUUUACGUUUCUUUACACUAUUAGCCCUGAGGUGUCCUGUACUGAGAUCAGAUGUUCUAAUUCUCCAGUUUGGACGAGGGGACCUGGCGAGGGAACCCCGGUUCAAGUUUGUUACACCGAGCGAGAUGAAACUCUUACAGUUGCGUUCGAGGACAAAAUACUUUUCAUCUACGGUGACCUUCUGGAUAUCGUGGAUACUCAACAACUCCCGCCUGAGCUAACUCUAUACAAAUCUCAUGAAAAAGGUGAACUCAUAAGACUAAACGCUCGUGAUUACGUAAUUCAGAAGUAUGAUUGCGAGGGAUUCGAGUAUGUGAUUAACCAGUACGUUGAUUGCACGGAGUUAAGACAUAACGGGACAGUAGUUUGGAAGCACAGGGAAGGUGAACCCAGGACCACAUCGUUCAUUUACUGGCCCAAGAAAACUAUCUGCGUCGUUAACAAAUGUGGAACCGCGUGGUAUAAACCCAAACUCGCCAAAUGGGUACUAACCACUUCCAUCAACACUCUAUAACACACAUAAUAUACAUAUAUACAUAA